GGCGCUACACGCAUUAUAGAGCACUUCAUGAUUGAUGCAGAUGCAGAGUGUAGGAAUUAUGGCAGACGACGAAGACGACUACAUGUCUGAUUCUUUCUUAGUGGAAACUAAGACCACCACACCGGGCCUCGUGUGGGGCAAACACAACCACAAGAAACAGCAAGAGGCCAAGCACAAGGCGAUCAAUGAGCAGCACCGGGCCAAGUUCAAACCGGUCAAGGAACGCGAGCAGGAGAACCGACUGAAGGGCCUGGGCAGUGCCCUGUCCAGUCAAAACAAGGGCUUUGCUCUGCUGGAGAAGAUGGGGUACAAGCAGGGCAUGGGGAUGGGCAAGAAAGAAAGUGGACGAUCGGAACCCAUUCCUGUGGAAAUCAAGACAGGCAGAGGGGGUUUGGGACGGGAGACCGAGAUCAAGGACCAGCAGGAGCGAAGACGGCUUCAGUAUCAGCAGGCAGUGAAGCACCGGGCGGCCCGGGAGUUGGAAUACCGACAGGACUUCAUGCAGCGCAUGAGUAAUAAAUUCAGCGACAAGGAGACGGAGAAAGACCUAGACAAGAGUCAGAAGGCCUGUGAGCAUCUGGAUCGAUUACAGGGGGUUGAGGAACCUGUUGAACCUUGGUACUGGCCCAAGCCACCUGCUGAGGUACUAGAGGAGGACGAAGAAGAAGAAGAAGAAGAAGAGGAGGAGGAAAAAGAAGAGCCAGGAAGUCAGAUACCUGCAGCUGAAAAACUCGCCCAUUUGACAAGUUACCUCCGCAGACGACAUAGAUAUUGUAUAUGGUGUGGAACAUCAUUUGAUGAUAACAAAGAUUUUGAAGACAACUGUCCGGGAGAAACAGCCGAAGACCACAGGUAGCAGAAAGAAGAGACUGCCUGGACAUGUGAAAAGACUGUACAUAAUAAUACCUUAUGCAUUGUGGAUGUCUCAAAGGGUGCACUUUGUAAUUUUAAUUUGGUAACAAUAAGACAAAGGCAGAAGUUUAUGGCAACAUCCAACCUAUCUCAACUACAGUGGCGCAACGCAGAGCCCGCCUUGCUAGCCACUGUUACAGAGCCAAAGAUCAAGUUGUCUCCGACCUCAUCUGCUAGAGAUCGCCUUGCCCCAACAGAGGGAGGAGACCCCUCAACUAUGUUGACACUGUAUGCAAUGAUGUGAGCCAGCACGUUGAUGAAAUCACCACGGCCAUGGCAGACAAGAGAGUCUGGAAGAGUUUGGUUUCAUCCAUCUCGGCUGUGGCCGCCCAAUGAUAAUGAUGAUGAACAAUGAAUGCACAAACGACGUACCCGUGUAGUGGGGCAUCCAGGGUGGGGGGGGGGGGGCUUCUUGGUGAUAUCCCAACACAAGACCUCAAGGCACAAACUAUUCAAAUGAAUUGCAGCAAAGGCAUUCCUUUGUUAUUUUUCGUGCCCUGUUACUUGUGGCUGGUUAUAUGAAUGGUCUUGUGCUUGCUCUGCAAUUGGUCUUGUGUCUGGUCUUGCGAUGGUCUCGAGUACAGCACUACUUGUGCACACGUCAAUGGAAAUACCUCCGAAAGCUACCAUUUCACGUAAUGAUAGGAUAAAACCACUCGGCAUGUGACUCGGGCGUACUUCAUGCAAUAUUUGUUUUCAUCCUUCUCAGUUAUUACGACAAUUAUUAAGUAUUAACUCUGCCAGUUUGACAGCAAAGACAAUUAAUUACCCUCUCUUUCGGUUUCCAUCUGCAGUCAGAUUAAACAUUCAUAGCGUCGUUUGUUCGUUGGUAAGGCGAAUGAUGGUCCUGAAUCAAGGGCGGGCCUAGAGCUGAAUGUCGGAUGGGGGGGGGGGGGGGGGCACGUGACCAACUGGCCUGGGGCUUGACCACAUGGGGCCCUGUAUGCCCUUUCUUUCGUCAUGUUAUCAGUAUUUCACCAAUCCAUUUAUGGAAGGAAAGGGGAUCAAUAGCAUCGAUUAAAUAAUAUAUUCACUCCUCCGUUGUAUUUA